AAAAACCUAUACUUUCCAACUAAAAAUAAUUUGAAUGCUCUGGCUAUAAUAGCAUCUCGCUACUAUCGAGGCUGAGUUAACAAGGGCAUCGACCCAACUCAGAAACGUGCAAACCAUCUUGGCACAUCCAGCCGAUCAACUUGAAGGCAUUGAACUGGAGUCCCUUGAUGUCCCAGAGUUAGAAUCAGUUGAUGAAGAUGUCGAUGGUGAUUCUACGGACUUGGCACGUAUGGUCAGCAUUUUGACGCAACUCGCUGAAACGAACCGCUCGAUGGCCAACCACUUGCAAACACUUUCAAAUCAAUAUGGCCAGUCCCUGGCGCAGCCUUCAGAGCGUUUACAUCUACAACGAGUGUCCCUCAGGGCUGCUCGAGCCAUGUAUAGGUUGGCUAGUGUUCAGAACACUGUUUUCCCGAUGCUAGCCAAUGCCACCUUCGUUGGAAAUGCCCCAGGCGCAGUAACAUAUCGCUUCCAACCAGCAUCAAGAAUGAACACCAUACUACGAGAACCCCAAGGGAGUUCAAAUAAUAAUGGAAGUGCAGGAACAAGGCCAUCGGCUCCACAGCGUGGAUCAUUGAGCAACUUUCCAUUCUCCAUUCUUUCACGUGGCGCAGCAGGAGGACGUCCCGCUCCUUUGGGUCUGAUACCAUCAAUAAUGGCCCAUGCCAGGGCUUCUGCUCAAAAUGUGAAUGCAGCCCUCUCUUCCACAAUCAACACAGCCACCAGGCCUGAGAAUGCCUCCACGCCUGCGUCAGCGUCAUCAAGUAACUCAACGGCAGCAACAGCACAACCUCUUGGGACGAGCACUUCAGCGACACCAUCUUCCGGCACAUCGUCUCAACUCGGAGCAAGACCCAUUGGUCGGAUGAUAUUUGGUCCUAAUGAUAGCCUAUCUUAUACAAUUCAAAGUCCUACGCGAUCUUCAAGGAGGACUAACACUAAUGUUCCUGCACCUUAUGCUGCUGCUGCUGCUGCUGCCACUAGCCCUUUUGCAUCGCAUUUUACUCGACUUAUGAUUCCAGUGGUUGAUCAGUCAAGUGGAGGGUUUGUGGAAUUUAUGCGAAACCUCAACUCAUCUUUCGAUAAUAUGGAACCAUCCAACUCAUCCCAAAGAACAAGCGAACCAACUUUGGCUGCCACAGUAGCCGACUUUGAAGCAAAUCUCGCAGCAUCGAGAGCUAUUAAUGACGCAACAGAGCAACUGGAGCGAACACUUAACUCUAGAGCAUCUUCCAGACGUAGAGAGAGACCAGAUGACUUUUCGGACAUUAAUGAUGGCAGAGCGACUUCGAGAAGACGCCUUACCUCUCAGCAACCAUCCUUCACAGAUUAUGAGAACAGAGUGAGGCAAGAGUUGGAGCAGUUAAAUUCGUUGAUCCCAGGAUCGUCAUCGUCAUUGCCAGCGGCAUCAUCAGCACAGGGACCUGCAUCCCGCUCAACAACAACCACUGCUACCACUGUCCCCUCACCCGUUUCUCCACAACCACAAGCAACUGUGCGUCCAGCCGUUGCUCGAACUUCAUCUAAUGAAGCUAGACGCUCACAAGCAGAUUCACCAUCCACUGCUUCAAGUCCAUCCCCAAGUAGUCCAUCUUUACCAUCGCCAUCCGCUACUACUAGCAACAACAAUUCAUCAAAUGGCUCGCCUGCGUACAACUUGGGUCGUAUUGGUGUGUUUAUUUCUGCAAUCCUGAGAAUGGUAGAUCAACCGCGUGAGGAUGGAUCACCCAGGAGAUUAGCUGAUGUAAUUUGCAACGAUCCAGAGUCCCCUAGCACACCAUUACAGGAUUUAGUCAGGAAUGUUGCAGAGUCUGUUACCGUUAGAGAAACUCGAUCCAUUGUUGAGGGUCACCCUGCGCCACUGCGCAAUAUUCACCCUGUCUUGAACUCCUUUAUCCGUGAGCGCGCUUUAAACGGACAGCAGUUGACGGAGAGUAAUUUGGACUCGGUUGCUGUUAUGUUUGCACAUGCUAUCAUGGAUGCUGUGCAUGUGGACGAAAUCUUGGAAACAUUAAGUCCUCCUGCCAGUAUUCAAAUCACGAGUGAAGAUAUUCGUCGAAUUUCGCUUGAUGUACUUCGUGAACACUUCAGACGACUGAUUUACCUUGUUGUUGCGGCACCCACAGGGAGAGAGAGUAAUUGGCCCACUUUUGCAAGAGAUGUUGUGCUCUGGAUCAGAGAUGUGGUCGGUUCAUGGAGAGUGGCAUUCUAUGGCUUAUUCCCAGAACGGGACCAAGCUGAGGCUCAACGGAUUGCAACGCACGUCGUAGGCUCCGCUAUUCAUGCUAAUGGCCGUCGCUGGGUUGAGCUAUCGAAUCGAGCUACCAAUACCCUAGUGAAUGUUCUUUGUGCCAACAUUGUUCCUAGACGCAGGGAAGAGCAAGGGGGGCUUGUAGGAGGCGCAUGGCCCCUAAUGGCGACUGCAGACAGACAAAAUACCUCUCGUCCCAGGGGCUGCACGGCGGCACACUCGCUUUUAGGCUCAACAGCACCUCCUGCCCCUCUUGGACCCACUAUUACCGCAGGACAUUCGACAGCCUUGGAAGCAGAGACGUUAUCAGAAAACUUGACAAGGCGAAUUACUCAAAUGAUGGCACCUUUAGGGUUAAAUAUAAGCGGCAUAGAAUCUUUGACAGCAAGGUCUAUCCGAGAUGCUGUACGAGCAGAGCUUUCAGCCACACGCAGUUCAUCAUUCAUAGGAUCAUCAACGUCAUCAUCAACAACACUUGCACCUGCAAACACAAAUGACGCAGGAUCUGGAAACACAACUAUUUCUGCCUCUAGUGCUAGGGCUAAUAACACUGAUCCAGAAUUUAAUAUGCAGAAAGAAGGAGAAACGAGACAAAACAAUCGUAAAACUCGUGUUGAGGAGGUUGAAGACGAGGACAUGUCAUAAAUUUUUAUGUACUAUAUAUAUUUGUUACAUUAAAAAAGAAAAAGAAAAAAAAAAAAAAAAAAA